UGUCAACAACGUCCUUUUAAUGGUGCAAUCAAAAUAAGAUAAUGCACGUGUAAAUCAUAAAAUAAUAUUGUAUAAAAAUGCGUAUCGAAACUUGUUAUUUCUGUUCUUCCAGGAUAUACCCAGGACAUGGAAUCCAAUUUGUCCGCAACGAUUGCAAGAUAUUUAAGUUUUGUCGUUCCAAAUGCCACUCGGCGUUCAAAAAGAAAAAGAAUCCUCGUAAAGUAAAAUGGACCAAAGCAUACAGAAAAACCGUCGGUAAAGAAUUAACCAUAGACCCUUCAUUCGAAUUCGAGAAACGUAGGAACGUUCCAGUUAAAUACAACAGAGAAACUUGGUCUAAAGCGGUCGAAGCGAUGAAAAAAAUAGAAAAAAUCAAACAAAAAAGACAAGGUACUUAUAUCAUGCAAAGGUUACGUAAAGGUAGAGAAAUUGAACAGGAAAGGGACAUCAAGGAAGUACAAAGAGAUCUAUCGCUUAUUAGGUCACCAGCGGCGGGUCUUAAAGAAAGAAAACAAGAGGAGGCGGAGGAUCACAGAGAAAGCGAUGAAGAAAUGGAAGGAAUCGUUGAAGAUGGAGGAGAAGUUACGUUAUAAUCAAUUUUCAUAUAUUUAUACUGUAAAAUGUAGGUUAUUCCAAAUAAAACAAUAUAAUUUA